GAGAGCUAUUACCCCCUCUGACUCCAACACGGAGAGACUCACUCAUUUCCCCCACUCUCAACAGCUGAGUUCUACUAGACUGGACUGGACUCUCUCUCUCUCUCUCUCUCUCUCUCUCUCUCUUCUCUGGAUACCUUUAUUCUUCACAAAAAAAUGGAGAUUUCUGUCAAGGAUAUGAAGAAACCAAGAUCAGUGUUCAGCAAUAUAAAGCUGUUUGUGCUGUGUCAUGGCCUGCUGCAGCUCACCCAGCUGCUCUACAGCUCCUAUUUUAAGAGCACCAUCACCACCAUCGAGAGACGCUUCGGCCUCAGUAGCUUCUCCUCCGGCACCGUCUCCUCUCUGCAUGAGGUGGGGAACACAGUUCUGAUAGUGUUUGUGAGUUACCUGGGCAGCAGGGUCCAUCGGCCUCGUCUCGUUGGACUGGGUGGCCUGCUGACGUCCAUCAGUGCUCUGAUCCUGGCCUUACCUCAUUUUCUGUCCCAGCCCUAUGAGUACGUCUAUCGAGUGGGGAACACAGACCUGCUGUAUCCUGGUUACAGGGCUCUCUCUGUGUCUAG